GCUCCCUCAUGCGGCCGCUCUGGGCCGUCGUCUCGGUGCCUCCCCCGGGCUCCCGGACUGCGCCUCUCCAUGGGCCGCGGGGGCAGCGGAGGUGGGUCGCCGGCCACGGAGGCUGGACUAUGAUGCUUCCCCACUCGUCUUCUGAAGGGCGCUGACCAGGCAGCCGGUUCCGGCUCAGAGAUCCGAGCCCCGCCAUGGACCUCCGAGCAGCCGGCUGCCUGAUGCCGCUAGUGACGCUGCUGCUGUUCCUGGGUGGGCUCCGUCGAGUCGGUGGGGGAGACUGCAAGGGGGAACGCCAAGUACUCCGCAACGCAUCUGGAUAUGUCACCGACGGGCCGGGCAAUUACUCUGUCAAUGGGAACUGCGAGUGGCUGGUGGAAGCUCCCAGCAGCAGCUACCGCAUCCUCUUGACUUUCAUGUUCAUGGACACGGAGUGCACCUACGACUACCUCUUCAUCUACGACGGCGAUUCCUCCAGCAGCCCCCUGCUGGCCAGUCUCAGUGGCAGUACUCUGCCCGCUACCAUUGAGGCUACCUCCGGCAAGAUGCUGCUACAUCUGUUCAGCGACGCCAACUAUAACCUGUUGGGCUUCAAUGCCACCUAUGCCGUCUCGCUGUGCCCCAUGGGCUGCUCAGGGCAUGGGACCUGCGACAACGACGGGCGCUGCACCUGUUUUCAAGAUUGGGGAGGUGAAGACUGUUCGAUGCCCGACUGCGCCACCUACUGUCAGAACCAUGGAACUUGUAGCCAGGACCUGGGACGCUGCCAAUGUGAGCCGGGCUUUGUGGGUCAGGCCUGCGACUUGGCGCUGAGCGAGAACCAAGGAGCCGGCAAGUGGUACAAUGUGAGCGCCGGGGAUCCCAGCUUCCGGCCCCGCACGGCGGCGGCUGGCACCUUCCUAUCUUCUACUGGAGGACUGUAUAUCUUUGGAGGUCUGGAUCUAAACACAGCCCUGGGCGACCUUGUCUUCUAUAACUUCACUACCAACGUCUGGCAUCAACGAGUUCUCAGCCCCUCCCCAUCUGCCCGUCACUCCCACACCGCCUUGGCUUGGGAGGGCUUCCUGGUUCUCUUUGGGGGCGAGUUGGCCAGCGGCUCACUAGCCAAUGAUGUCUGGAUGUACCGACCUCGGGAGGGGCGCUGGCAGGAGCUGCUGCCUGCUAACACCACCGGGUCUUUUGUACCCCCUGGACUGGCCGGCCAUGCCUCUGUUGUGGUGGACGAAUGGCUGUAUGUCUUUGGAGGGCGGACCUCUGUGGAUGUCUUCUCCUCGCAGAUGUACCGCUUCCACCUCCGGAUGUGGUUCUGGGAACUGGUGUUGCCCUCAGGUGGCAAGGCACCUGCAGCCGCGGGCCAUUCCAUGAUAUUCCAUCCUGCCUCCCGCACUCUCUUGGUGUACGGUGGUCACCGGCCUUCCACUGCCCGAUUCAGUGUGCGAGUUAACACCACCGAUCUCUUUCACGUGGACCUGCGCUACUGGAGCACGUUGCGAGCCAAAGAUUCUCACCGGGGCCCUCGGGAGCGUGCUUUCCAUUCAGCCACAGUCAUUGGCAACUACAUGGUAGUGUACGGGGGGAAUGUGCACAUCCAUUACCACGAGGAGAAAUGCUACGAGGACGAAAUCUUCUUCUACCACCUGGGCUGCCAUCAGUGGGUCUCCAGCCAUGAACUGGCACACCAGAUCUCCCAAGAGCGCGUGGCCAAGGUUCAAGCCCAGGCACGAGGCCGGUACUCCCAUAUAGCGGCUGUGAUGAACGGGACGGUGCUUCUUGUUGCCGGAGGCUACAGUGGGGUGCCGCGGGGCGACUUGUUGGCUUACAAGGUGCCCACCUUUGUCUUCCAGGUGCCGUCUCUGAUGUACCAUCUGGAUUACUGUUCCAUGUACAGAGAGAAAACCACCUGCGCCAAGGAUCCAGAAUGCGCUUGGUGCAUGAACGUCUGCCAGAGCACCCAGCCCCGCAGCGUUUGCCCCAACACCGGCUGCCUAGGGUUGGCCCGCCUCUUGGUCGACUGCCAGUCAUGCCUGGCCUUCGGCAGUGCCAACGCUUCUCUGCCUAGGGCCCCAGGCCCCUUUGGAUGGUGUGUGCAGAACGAGACCUGCAUGCCUCUCUCAGAACGGGGCAGGUGCCAGGUGGAGAAGAUCUCCGGCACUUUCGGCUGGUGGGGGCCUCAGCCUUACUUUGUCACUUCCUUGGCACAGUGCCAGCGCGAGAGCUUCCUGCCUGGCCUUCACCUGAUCACCUACCAGCAGCCGCGCAACGACUCCCAGCCCGAUAAGGUCUCGAUCGUCCGCAGCACCACCAUCACGUUGAACCCCAGCACCGAGAUGGAUGUCUCGCUGGUCUACAAGGGCUUCAUCCACCCGCUGGUGAACAACCCAGCUCCCACCGAGGUCAUCUCCAUCUGGGCGCGAAUCCAGCGCCUCUUUGUGGUGGCCAAGCUUGCCCGGAGCCCUGGCACAUUCGAGCUGGAGGAGGUCGGCCGCUGGUCUGUGCAACAAGACAACAAUAAACGGCUCCUCCAGCGCCCCGGGGCCGAGCGCCUCUUCCCCAGCCCCGAGAGGGGCAAUAAGUACGCCGUGCUGGUUGAAGGCCACCUCAAUAACUCCGGCAACGGACAGACGAGCGAGCUGACUCUCACCUGGGACCGUACGGGAGUGCUCGGCGGCAGUGAGAUUUCCUACUUCUUCCUGGAGCCCUUCCGCUCAGAGAUGUGUGACACUUACGGCUCGUGCCUGGCUUGUCUAGCUGACCAGGGGUGUGGCUGGUGCCCGCUCAGCGCCACCUGCCACCGGCGCCUGGCCCAGAACGAUGCCGCCGAGGCCUGCGGCGCUGACACCGUGCGCCUCAUCCUGGUGCCAAGCAACUGCAUCCUGUGCGAAGAUUAUCGCGACUGCCACGCCUGUAGCAAGGAUCCGUUCUGUGAAUGGCAAGUAAACAGCAGCAAGAAGGGGGACUUCCUCUGCAGUCGCCGAGGCCGGCUGGCCAGCGCAAUUCGCUCUCCGCAGGAGUGCCCCAAACUGUGCAAUCAACGUACCACCUGCUCUGAAUGCCUCUCCAACUCCAGCCAGUGUGCCUGGUGCCAGUCCACACGCAACUGCUUCUUCUUCGCUGCCUACCUGGCCAAGUACCCCUAUGGGGACUGCCGCGGCUGGUACGACAGCGUCCAUUCCGUGCCCCAGUGCCUUGACUGCACCCGCUUUAAUACCUGCCGGGAAUGUCUCCAGAACUUCGAAUGCGGUUGGUGUGGAAACUCGGACAACCCAACUAUAGGCAGGUGCCUCCCAGGGGAUUUCUCAGGCCUGAAAUCGUUCCUGAACUGCUCGAUGGCUCUCUGGGACUCUCACGGCCUGCCUCCCGACUAUCUCGCCCAGUGGUCGUACGGGCAGUGCCCAGAUGUGGACGAAUGCCGUUUGGGCCUGGCCAACUGCCAUCCUUACGCCAGCUGCAAGAACACACCAGAGUCCUUUGAGUGUCACUGCAACAGAGGUUACGCUGGCGACGGCGUGGCCUACUGCAACCAGACCUGCUACGAUGAAUGUGCCCACGGGGAAUGCAGCGGCACCCCCAACUUCACCUGCCUGUGCGACCUGGGCUGGACCUCCGAGCUGGGCAUGGGGCCCCCCAACGGCAGCUCUGUCGGGGUGCAGUGCAGCGUGGACUGCGGGUGCCACUUCCACAGCAGCUGUGCAGCCCAGGGACCCGGUGUUUGCGACGAGUGCCAGAACUGGACGCACGGCGAAAGCUGCCACCUUUGCCGUCCAGGCAGCUAUGGGAACGCGACGCACCAGGGCGGCUGUCGGGAGUGUGCUUGCAAUGGGCAUGGCCUGGAGGAAAUGGGAUUCUGCCACGGAACCACGGGGGCCUGUUACUGUGCCCCUCCCACGGAGGGUCUUCACUGUGAGCGCUGCGCCCCUGGCUACUACGGGGAUCCCAGCGUGACGGGGCUGUGCAAGCCGGUUUGUGAGCAGGGCUGCGUGAACGGGACCUGCGUGGAGCCCAACGCCUGCCAGUGUCACUUUGGCUAUGUGGGGCAGAACUGCUCAGUGGAGUGCCAGUGCAACAAGCACAGCAACUGCCAGGGCGUGGAGGCGCAGGACCAGUGUCUGGAGUGCUUCAACAACACCAUGGGAGAACGCUGUGAAAAGUGCAAGCCACUCUUUGUGGGCUCGGCCUUGAACGGGGGCUCCUGCCGCCCCUGCCACGCCUUCUGCCGGGGCAACAGCAACGUCUGCAUCACUCAGGAAGAGUACGAGCGAGCCCGCCGGGACCCUGCCCGCUACCCGCUGGAGCCUGCCUUGAUCCCCAAGUGGGUGGCCGAGGGACCGGCGGAAGAUGUGGCCGUCUGCGUGAACUGUCAAAACAACAGCUUUGGGGAGAAAUGCGAGAGUUGUUUGCACGGCUAUUUCCUCCUGGACGGGAAGUGUACCAAAUGCCAGUGCAACGGACACGCAGAUUACUGCAACGAGCUAGAUGGGACGAACUGCCCCUGCCAGAACAACACCGAGACCGGCCCUUGUCAGAACAGUGCCCAGUCUGACAAGAAGGACUGUUACAAAUACCAGUGUGCCAAGUGCCGCGAAUUUUUCCACGGGAACCCGGUUGGCGGGCACCAGUGCUACCGGCUGAUCAUUGUGGAUCAAGAGAGCUGCUUCGACCCCACCUCCCAGGCCAACUGCUUCCACGAGCCCAACCUGAAGAACUUGUCCCUCGGCCGCACCGUCUUCUUCGGCGUCCAGCCCAAGUUCACCAACGUCGACAUCCGCAUCACCAUCGACGUGACGUUUGGCGGCGUGGACGUCUACAUCUCCACGUCCUACGAGACGUUUGUGGUGGACGUCGAUCCCGUCACGGGCAUGCACUCCAUACGGGUGAUGUCACCGGUCAACGAAGCGACUGGCCGCGGCGGUGUGAGUAACGUAAGCCAGACCUCCCUACCCGUGCAAGAGAAGCGCACCCACGGCCUCAUCACGUACAUCACUGUGCGAGCCCAGCAUUCUGUGCUGGUUGUCCGAGGCGUCCGGGACCGCGUGGUUAUCACCUACCCACACGAGAUCCACGCCCUCAAAUCCAGCCGGUUCUACAUUGUCCUACUGGGAAUCGGAGGCACCGGCCCCAACUUCACCGAGGCCCAGGGGCUGCUGUCCUUCCGGCAGGACCAGGCUCACAUCGACCUCUUCGUCUUCUUCUCCGUCUUCUUCUCCUGCUUCUUCCUCUUCCUGUCGGUCUGCGUCCUGCUGUGGAAGGUGAAGCAGUUCUUGGAUCUGCGGCACGAGCAGCGGCGCCACCUGCAGGAAAUGACCAAGAUGGCCAGCCGGCCCUUCGCCAAGGUCACCAUCUACUUUGAGCCUGACACCUUGGGGGCGGCGGCCGAGCUGAUUUUCUUGCCCGCGCGUCCCCACAAGCACCCGGCGCUGGCCGCUGCCCAGCCCCUGCCCAGCCGCCUGAAACCGUACCACGAGGUGCCCUACCCUGUUGCCCACUUCCGCCGCUCCGAGCCCUUCCUCUCCCACCUCAUGGGCUACUCCUACUCCAGCUUCCGAGUGGGGCCCAUCACCUUGGAGCCCACCGACGACGGCAUGGCCGGGGUGGCCACUGUCCUCUUCCAGCUCCCGGGAGGGCCCCAGGCCCCCAACCGCGCCUGCCUCGGCUCGGCCCUCGUCACGCUGCGCCACAACCUUCAGGACUAUUGCAGCAGCAGCCACGGAGCGAGCAGCUCCCGCAAAGGCAUCCUCAGCCACGAGAACCUCACGAGCAUGUCCCUGUGAACCCACGGGCUGGGACAGCGGUGAGAUUCGUUGCUUCUGCCCUCCUUGGCAAUCCUCACCUGCCUCCACAGGGUGCCUCGGAAACGGCAGGAGGCCACGUCUGCAAUCAGGAACCAGAAGGAGCGGCUCCACGGGGGAUACCUGGCAGCCCCUGCUGUCACGACACCGGCAUAACCACCAGCAGGGGGUGCUGUUCUUUGACCUCAAAGGCAAGGGCCGUUCAGACGGCCCCCAGCGGCUGUUCGCUCUCCGUUUUCCUGGUGCAGAUCACGGAGUGGCGCAGGAGCAGCUGUCCCGGAGGGGCUGGCAGGAGCAGAUGCCAGCCCAGAUAUUCUCCGUUACGGCAGAGAGAAGUUUCUCAGAAACACAGAGAGCGGGAGGGAAGGGGCAAGAGAGGCCCGAUGCCUGCGUGCAUGUGUUAUGUUGUUGUUUUUUUUAAAAAAAAAUCACCUUCCCUCCCA